UCGCUCCCGGGCAGCAAAGCGAAGCGGCUCGGCUCGGCUGGCGCGGCUCGGCUCGGCUCGGCUGGCGCGGCUCGGCUCGGCUCGGCUGGGCUCGGCUCGGCUCGGCUGGCGCGGCUCGGCUCGGCUCGCCUCGGCGGGGGAAGGCGGCCGGGCGGCAGCUCCGCAGCGGGCGGCCGCUGUCCUGGAAUCCUGCGCGGCGGGGAGCGAGUGAGCCCGGCGGCUCCCCUGGGCUCAGUGUCGGUGCGUGGGGCGGGAUUGGCGCAGCAAUGUUAAAGCACCUGUUAGGGCGGGAUGUCAGGUGUCUUCUUGCAGUGGCUGCAGCUUCAGGAAUAGCUACCCUCAUCCUCAUCCUUGUUCAAGUGAAGGAAGUUUAUCUGCCUGCAAGAGCCAAGUACGGGAUGGUGUUUGACGCUGGCUCCUCGCACACGGCUCUCUACAUCUACCAGUGGCCAGCGGAUAAGGAGAACGGCACCGGCAUUGUCAGCCAGGCUGAAGCUUGCACCGUGCAAGGACCUGGGAUCUCCAGUUAUGCUGACAACCCCACUCGGGCUGGAGCCAGCCUGAGGGCCUGUCUGGACAAGGCCAUGACGAUCAUCCCUGUGAAGCAACAGAGAGAAACGCCCACCUAUCUCGGGGCUACUGCAGGCAUGCGGCUGCUGAGGGAGCAGAACAGCACAAAAGCCGACCUGGUUUUUGCAGAGGUCUCCAAGACCAUCCAGCAGUACCCUGUAGAUUUCCGUGGCGCUCGGAUCCUCACUGGGAAUGAGGAAGGAUCCUUUAGCUGGAUCACAAUCAACUACCUGCUGGAGACGCUCGUGAAGUUCUCCUUCACAGGGACGUGGAUACACCCUGACGCAGCUGCGGUUGUGGGAGCACUGGACCUUGGAGGAGCCUCGACUCAGAUAACCUUUCACCCUGGUCAUGCCAUUGAGGACAACAGCACCAAAGUCCUCUUCUGGCUGUAUGGGACCAACUACUCGCUUUAUACUCACAGCUACCUCUGCUAUGGAGAAAACCAAGCCUUGAAGAAGUUGAUUGCAUCCCUCAGAGAGGAGAACCUCACCUCUCAGCAGAUCUCCCACCCAUGCUACCCCAGGGGAUACGAAGAGAACGUCACUGCUGCUACCCUGUAUGACAGUCCCUGCGUCCCGGCACCAGUUGCAUAUGACCCCAGCCAGAUCCUCAUGGUGCGGGGGACAGGGGCUCCAGCGGAGUGCAGGAGUGCCAUCCAGAAACUCUUCAACUUCACAGCGUGUGGGGCCAACAGGACGUGCGGGUUCAAUGGGGUCUACCAGCCACCGGGGCAUGGGCAGUUCUUUGCCUUUUCCGGGUUUUAUUCCAUCUUCCACUUCCUGAACCUGACCAGCGGGCAGCCCCUGAGUGACGUUAGUGCCACCAUCGAGCACUUCUGUGCUAAGGAUUGGAAGGAGUUGAAAAUGGCGUGUCCUGGCAUGAACAAGACCCGCCUGCAGGAUUACUGCGCUGCCAGCACCUACAUUCUCACCCUCCUGCUGCAAGGCUACAAGUUUGACAACCAGACAUGGAGCAAAAUCCAGUUCCACCGGCAGGUGGCUGCUGUGGAUGUGGGCUGGAGCCUGGGCUACAUGUUGAACCUCACCAACACGAUCCCUUUGGAGGCUCCCGACCAAGUGAAGGGGCAGCGGCCUGACCUGUGGGCAGUGGCCAUCUUCACCAACUGCCUCAUGCUGGCCGUGAUCCUCUGGACAGGCCUGUCUCUGUGCUAUCAGAGGCGCUCUGCCACCUAUGAGACUAUGUUGUAACUGGUCAGUGCUCCUCGGGCUGGGGCCCUGGACAUCAUGUAGUCCCGUGUUUAGAGACAUUUAUGGCCUUGCAACCUGGUGCCCCCACUAGCUGCUGGAGGCAGGGUCUGGGAGAGAAGCCCUUCCCCAGGGAGGGUGGGAAUGUUGGGUUUGAAGGACAAGUGCCGCCUGUUGGCAAAUUGGUGACACUUUUCAGUAAAAUCUCAGCCCUGUGA